AGGUCAUCCCGUUAUGUCCCGGUGUGUCCAAUCGGCCCCGAAAGUUGUAUUUUUCGGACUACUUUAGUCAUACUUUAUUUUAUCGGGCCGGAUAAAAUAUACCACGCGUUCCCAACAAUGUUUGGGCCUUUAGAAACGAUGUACAUUCCCCAACAUUAAUUUAGGAGUCCCCGAAACUCAUUUCGGGCUGUUAUCCGCUAAAUCACCAAUACCGGUAAUUGGGCCCGUUUGACCAACCGGUCAACUCCAUGCCUUUAUUAUGGCCCAAACAAAAUAUCCACCACCAUAUAUAUAUUAUCUAGACCAAGAUGAAUAUAAUAUGUGGUUCGGGAUUUAUCGGGCGGUCCCCGUUCCCGCUGUGGGCUCCACAUGCAAUUUACUAUUCACGUAAAAGAAAUAAUAAAAAUUUACAAUUACGCAAAUUCAUAAAUCAUCUUUCAAGGUUUGUUACAUAAUUUACUAAAAGUAAAUAUGCUCGGGGUCGGUGUUACAAUUUAUCUGGUCAAAAGUACUUGGAAUGGAAAGUUGACGCUUUGGCACAUUUAAAAGCAAAUGCCCUCGAAAACACAAUUGCUGAAAAUAAUUCAGCUACUCCCCAAAAUAAGGCAAAAGCCAUUAUCUUUCUUCGUCAUCAUCUUCAUGAAAGUUUGAAGUCUGAGUAUUUAUUGGUAGAUGACCCUAAAGAAUUAUGGGAUAAUCUCCAAGAAAGGUAUGGCCAUCAACAAAAGGUCCUUUUACCAAAAGCUCAAUAUGACUGGAUCAAUUUACGAUUCCAGGAUUACAAAUCUAUAAGUGACUACAAUUCUGCCUUGUUCCAAAUAACAUCAAAAUUGAAGUUAUGCGGACAAAAAGUCACUGAUGCCGAAAUGUUGGAAAAAACUCUAUCCACUAUGCAUCUUUCAAAUAUGCUUUUACAAGAGCAAUAUAGACAAAAGCACUUUCAAAAGUAUUCUGAUUUAAUAUCAGUAUUACUACUUGCUGAGACGAAUAAUGACAUUUUGAUGAGAAACCACAAUAUGAGACCCACAGAUUGUAGCCCUUUUAGUUUUGGUCCACAAAAUCAUGGUUCAAAACAUGAAUCAAAUGCAACCCAUAGUGGUGCUCGUGGACAUUUCAAACGUGGUCGUGGUAUUGGUCGUUAUAAUGGACCUAGCCGGGGAAACAAACAGAGUAGUAGCUCUUACAAAGGCAAGGGAAAGCAAAACCCCCAUCAAACAAGAGGCCCGACGAAAUCUUCAGAAAAGGCUAAAGUCACUUGUUUUAAAUGUGGCACGUCAGGACAUUGGGCAAAUAAGUGUCGCACACCUACACAUUUGGUUGACUUAUAUAAAUCAUCUCUAAAAGGAAAGAAUGUGGAAACUAAUUACGUCAACGAAAACGUUCCACCAAUGCCCACAUUUAAUAUGUCUGAUUUCUAUAUGGAUAAUAAUGAGAUGAACACUGACAUCGUCAUGGGUGAAAAAUAAUAAUAAUAAAAAUGAAAUUAUUCUGUUAUGUAAUAUAUUCUACAAUAAAAGUUUGUUGUAUUGUAAUUUUUAUUUGAUAUGCUUGUUUCGGUUGUAAAAGUUAUGUACAUUUUAAUGAAUAAAUUCUUGUUUAUAUUGCAAUAUUGAACUAAUAUUUGUUCAUUUUUAUCUUUUUAAAGAUAUGGAGUUAACUGAAAUUUCUCCAAAUGGCUUUGAACAAUGUUUAAUAGACAGUGCCACAACGCACACCAUUUUGAGACAUAGAGAUUAUUUUUCUCAUAUGACAUUAGUUGAUGCUAAUGUCAAUACAAUCUCAGGUGUUGCUAAACUCAUUGAAGGUUCUGGAAUAGCCUGUGUAAUUCUCCCAAAAAUGACAAAAUUAAUAAUUAAAGACGCUUUAUACUCCAGUAAAUCACGGAGAAAUCUUUUGAGUUUCAAAGAUAUGCGUCUAAAUGGUUUUCACAUUGAAACCAUGUCUGAAAAUCAAAAGGAAUAUUUAUGUCUAACAACAAAUAGAUCUGGAAAUAAAUACAUUUCAGAAAAAAUGCCAGCAUAUUCCUCCGGACUAUAUUAUACAUAUAUCAGUCCAAUUGAGAUAAAUGUGGUAUCUAAAAUUAAUGACCACAAUUCCUUUAUCUUGUGGCAUGACCGUUUAGGUCAUCCAGGCAGCACUAUGAUGCACAAAAUUAUUCAAAAUUCACUUGGACAUUCAUUAAAUAAUGUCAAAAUUCCACAAUCAAGUGAUUUCUCAUGCACAGCCUGUUCUCUUGGCAAAUUAAUUAUCAGGCCAUCUUUAUACAAAAUUGGAGUUGAAUCUCCUGCAUUUUUAGAAAGAAUUCAAGGAGAUAUUUGUGGGCCAAUUGCCCCUCCGUGUGGACCCUUUCGAUACUUUAUGGUGCUCAUUGAUGCAUCAACACGUUGGUCACACGUCAGUCUUUUAUCGACUAGAAAUUUUGCAUUUGCAAAUCUCCUUGCUCAAAUUAUUCGUUUGAGAUCACAAUUUCCGGAUUUUUCAAUAAAGAAAAUCCGACUUGAUAAUGCAGGGGAAUUUACAUCCCAAUCUUUUAAUGACUAUUGCAUGUCAAUUGGGAUUGAUGUGGAACACCCAGUUCCACAUGUGCAUACACAAAAUGGUCUUGCUGAAUCCUUAAUUAAGCGAUUACGAUUAAUUGCUAGACCAUUAUUGAUGAAAUCCAGAUUACCAUCAUCUGCAUGGGGAUAUGCUAUAAUGCAUGCUGCAAAUUUAAUUAGGCUCAGGCCAACUGCAUAUCAUAAAUUUUCCCCAUUGCAAUUAAUAUCUGGUAAAGAACCAAAUAUAUCACACAUAAAAAUAUUUGGUUGUUCUGUGUAUGUACCAAUUGCUCCACCUUAUCGUACUAAAAUGGGUCCUCAAAGAAGGCUGGGAAUUUAUGUUGGUUUUAAAUCUCCCUCAAUUAUUAAUUAUCUAGAACCUAUGACUGGUGACUUAUUCACCGCACGGUUCGAUGACUGUCAUUUUGAUGAAACAGUAUUCCCAACCUUUGGGGAGAUAAUAAAGAAAUGGACCCACGUACGGAAGAUAUUACUUGGAAUGCAACAGGUUUAUCUUUUCUUGAUUCUCGCACAAAUGCUUGUGAACAAGAAAUUCAAAAGAUCAUUCAUUUACAAAGUGUUGCAAACCAAUUGCCUGAUGCUUUCACAGACUCAAAGAAAGUGAUGAAGUCACAUAUUCCAGCUAUGAAUACUCCUUCUCGAAUAGAAAUUCCUGCGGAGAUUAGCGAAAGAACUCUUGCUAAUGAAUCUAUGAUACGUAAAAAACGUGGCAGACCACUUGGUUCAAGAGAUUUGAAACCAAGAAAAUUGAAAAAGCAAGAUGUAGUUUGUGAUGCCAAAGAAGUUCAACCUUCUCAAGAAGAAAAUGAACAUUAUGAUAAUAUUGGCAUUGAAGAUAACAUCAAUAAUAAGGAUACCUCAAAAGAGGAUCCAAUCACCUUUGAAGAGGUAAAUAUUCCAGAUACAGAUAGAAACGUUGAUAAUUUUGAAAUUUCAAUCAAUUACGUUUCUAAUGGAAUGCAAUGGAAUAGAAAAGAUAUUGAUGUUAACGAUAUAUUUUCAUAUGCCAUCGCCACAGAUAUAAUGAAUGAACACGAUGACAAUGAGCCUAAAUCUAUUGACGAAUGUCGUCGUAGAAACGAUUGGCCAAAAUGGAAUGAAGCAAUUCAGGUAGAACUAAAAUCGCUAGAAAAGCGUAAUGUUUUUGGACCAAUUGUCCACACGCCAAAAGGCGUAAAACCUGUAGGUUUUAAAUGGGUGUUUGUGCGUAAACGCAAUGAGAAAAAUGAAAUCGUUAGAUAUAAAGCCCGACUUGUUGCCCAAGGUUUUUCUCAAAUGCCAGGAAUCGAUUAUGAUGAGACGUAUUCUCCAGUAGUUGAUGCUACUACUUUACGAUUUUUAAUUGGCAUGUCUGUUUUUGAAAGGCUGCAAAUGCGGUUAAUGGAUGUAGUGACCGCAUAUUUAUAUGGUUCACUCGAUACAGAUAUAUAUAUGAGAAUUCCUGGAGGCUUUAAAAUACCUGAUGCUUAUAGCUCGAAAUCUCGAGAUUUAUUUUCCAUAAAAUUGCAAAAGUCAUUAUAUGGAUUAAAACAAUCUGGACGCAUGUGGUAUAACUGUCUAAGUGAAUAUUUGAUUAAAGAAGGAUACAAAAAUGAUCCUAUUAGUCCAUGUAUUUUCAUUCAGCGAUCUGAAUCAGGAUUCGCCAUAAUUGCAGUAUAUGUUGAUGAUUUGAAUAUAAUCGGAACUUCCAAUGAAAUUGAAAAUACUGCUAAAUAUCUCAUGAAAGAAUUUGAAAUGAAAGACCUUGGGAGAACAAAAUUUUGUCUCGGCAUUCAAAUUGAACAUUUGAGAAAUGGUAUUUUUAUCCACCAAUCAAAUUAUACCGAGAAACUUUUGAAGCAGUUUUACAUGGAAAAAGCUCACCCACUCAAUUCCCCGAUGGUGGUUCGAUCUCUCAAUGUGCAUGAUGAUCCUUUUCGACCUUGUGAAGAUGAUGAAGAAAUCCUUGGUCCCGAAAUACAAUAUUUGAGUGCUAUUGGAGCGUUAAUGUAUUUGGCUAAUAAUACACGACCAGAUAUUGCUUUUUCUGUAAAUUUAUUAGCCAGGUACAGUUCUUCUCCGACAAGAAGACAUUGGAAUGGCGUCAAACAUAUAUUCCGCUAUCUCAAUGGUACAAUCGAUCUUGGAUUGUAUUUCAAGAAUGGUGCAAAUGCCACUUUAAUUGGCUAUGCCGAUGCAGGAUACUUGUCUGACCCACAAAAGGCAAAAUCACAAACAGGAUAUGUAUUCACCUAUGGUGAUACCGCUAUCUCAUGGAGAUCAAUGAAGCAAACAUUAACCGCCACAUCAUCAAAUCAUGCAAAAUUAAUUGCUCUUUAUGAAGCAGGUCGAGAAUGUGUCUGGUUUAGAUCAAUGAUCCAGCACAUACAAAAUGAAUGUGGUAUAAAAUCUUUUACUUGUAAUCCUACUGUGAUUUAUGAAGAUAACACAGCAUGUAUAGCUCAGAUCAAAGGAGGUUACAUCAAAGGGGAUAGAACAAAGCAUAUAGCACCAAAACUUUUCUCCACACAUGAUCUUGAGAAAGAAGGAACAGUUGAUGUCAAACAAAUCAAGUCCUGCGACAACCCUGCUGAUUUAUUCACAAAGUCAUUAGCACCGAAGAAAUUUGAAGAACUGGUCCACAAAAUUGGAAUGUGUCAUCUUCGAGAUAUAUGUUAAAUUGAGGGGGAGUAAUAUAAUGCACUGCACUCUUUUUCCCUUCGCCAGGAUUUUAUCCCACUGGGUUUUUCCUGACAAAGGUUUUUAACGAGACAGUAUAUUAUAAUACUAUGAUACUAAUACCCUAGAAUAAUUAGAAGAUGACCAUUCAAGGGGGAGUGUUGAAAUAUAUUGAAUUAGUCAUCUUCCAACUAUUCCUGAUUAGGAAUACUUAUCACCAUUGUAUAAAUAAUUAGGAAAUCAUAAUUAUGAUUCUAGAUGAUAAUUGUGUGGUUCACAAUUAUCCUCUAAUCCUAAUAAGCUUAGCUUUUCUCCUAUAAAUAGAAGUCUUCUCCAUUGUAAUCAACACACCUUCAUUACACCAUUAUCACACUCUCUAAUACACCUCUAUCACUAAGUGUUCUACUAUACUUUCUCUCCCUGAUCUUCUGCUCAUUUCCUUCCAUAUUAUAAAAUACUUUUUAUUUUCCUUCCUUUUCUUCUUUCUUGUACGGGCUACACAUGUCUCUUCCCCUUCCCGUCACUACCAGCUUCCUCUUUUUUCAUUUUUUCAUCUCUGUUUGAUAACUCCAUUUGGUUUGAAAAUUGAUUUGAAAUUUUUAUUUUGGUGGAUCUUUAAUAGGGCUAUGGAUAUUGCCAUGUCAGCCAAAUAGGCUAAAAUAUACCCCCAACUGAACUGUCUAUAUAUUUUGUGACGCUGAGCUGGAGUAAAAAAAAGUGCACACCGUCCGCUCCCUCUUCUAUUUUCAUCAAGGAUGUUAGACAGUAGCAAACAAUUUUUUUCACCACAAAUUUUGAAAACUGAAAAAUCCUCAACCGAAAAUCAAAUCAUUUACUACGUUUUUGCAUAAAGUACUUUCUUGGCACCUUCUUCAAAAUCCUCAUCGAGAACAGAAAAUCAAUCACAUCUAGUAUUUUCAACUGAUUUGAAUUUUCCAAUUAGUUUUUCUUCUGAUUUUUCUUUGCGAUUGUAAUCACAAUAUUGAUUCAUAUUUUUAUUUUUAUAUGAAUGGUUAUAUAUUCAUCCUCAAAGUUUAAAAGGUUAGUUACGGUGAGCAGUAACAUUACCUGAAACCUGCGGCAAUUUAUGUGGGAGAUGGAGUACUGGUCCGUUUUUCUUGUUAUGGCUCAUUGGCUUUGGAGAAGAAAGUUUGAAGAAGAAAAGCCACCGUUGGAGGUGAUAUUUUAAUUUUAAUUGGUUGUGUGUCCACGUCACCUGUUCACAAUAGCUAGUGAUGUGUCCAUUUUUAAUGGGAUGCAGAGUUUCUUUGUUUGUUUGGUUGGAUUUCUAUGUUUUGCAGCUCCACAGGUCGGGACUCAAGUUAAUUCCGCAGGAGAAGAGGUGACCGGCGGCGAGGCGAUCGACGGUGAGGCAACCGACAGUAAGGCGACCGGCUGCGAGACGAAGGCGAGAUGAAGAGGAGUGACUGGAGACGAGAUGAGUAGACGAUGUCCGGUCUCCGACCCGAAGGAGUUAGCGACGCUGGCCUGAGGGUGAGUCGAACAUGGAACCCUCAAAGUCUGCCCCUGAAAAACGAGACAGCAUGACCACUGCGAGGUAGAAGGAAGGAAAGAAAAGAAAAGAAAGAUAAAAAGAAAUAGAAAAGGGGAAAAGAAAAUAAAUGCCACGCAGAUCGCCACAUAUGUAGGUAACCGGGAGACCGAUUGUUAACCUGCUAAACGGCUCAAUUGGACGUUCUUAGGAGUACAUGGUUUCAAUUGGAUGUUUAUAGUGCACGAGGGCUUAACCGACAUUUCCGCUAUAGUAUGAAGGUUUAUUUGACCGUUCUCCCAAAAAAAUAAUUAUGUAUACAUCCAAAUGAAUAAUGUAGUUGUAUGUGUGAUCAAUUUAAAUGUAAUUUGAAAAAAUUAGAAAAAAUAAUAAAAAUAGAUGAAAUAAGAUGAAUAAACUGAUUUUGUGCAAAUGAUGAAAAAAAUUUGAUAUAAAAAGGUAGAGAAAAAGAGGAUAGAGAAUGGAAGAAAAGGAUGAAGAAGGAAAGAUGAUCAUCCAAUAUAUUUUUUUUGAGAAUUUUCGAAGGGAUUAGAUAAAGAGGAA